CCCCCUCUUCUUCACUCCUCUCCUUCUCCCUCCAUCCAUCCAUCGCUCGAAUCCAAUCGAAAUCUCAGAUCAAAUCUCAUCGAUCGAUCGAUCGAUCGAACACCAUGGCGCAUGAGCCCCCUCCGAAACCCUAGACACCCCCGAUCCUCGAUCUCACUCCCCACUUCCCCAACUCCCUCCUCCUCCUCCCCCUCACCAUCGACCCUCCCUCUCCCGCAGCGGCUCCUUCCAGCCGCCUCAACGCCCGCGCCCCCGAGUUCGUCCCCACCCCCCGCGCCUCCUCCUCCUCCUCUUCCUCCUCCUCCUCCGCUCCGCUCCCUCCUCCGCUCCCUCCUCCGCCGCCUCCGCUCCCUCCUCCGCCGCCUCCGCUCCCUCCGCCGCCCCCUCCCGCCCCGAUCUCCAGCCUCCCCCUCCUCCCCCUCCCCAGCACCGCCUCUCCAUCCCUCCUCCCCCUCCCCCGCCGUCCUCCACCACCACGUCUACCCCCUCCCCCACCCCCCUCCUCCCUUCCACUUGCUCCCGAUGCAGAACCACUUCCACCCCCACCCUCCCCACCCCGUCCAGUACCACCACCCCCACCCCCCACCCCCACCAGCCCCUCCUCCCCCUCCCCAUCACCCCCACGGUCAGUACUACGCUGCAGAUCAGGACGCCCCCCUCCCCAAGGGCCGCGCCGUCGAUCACCCCAAUCCCAACCACAAUCACCACCACAAUCACCACCACCCCCACCCCCACCACCAGCCCAAGCACAAGCAGAAGCACGCCCCCGCCGACCAGGAUCAGGGCGGUGCCCCCUCCAAGAACGGCAUCUCCGAUGAAGCCGUCCAGAAGGUCCUCAAUCAGGUGGAGUAUUAUUUCAGUGAUAUAAACUUGGCUACCACCGACCACCUGAUGAGGUUCAUCAGCAAAGAUCCUGAAGGAUAUGUACCAAUAUCCGUUGUUGCUUCCUUUAAGAAGAUCAAAGCCCUCAUCACUAGCAAUGCCCAGCUUGCUUCUAUAUUGCAGAACUCAUCAAAACUCAUAGUUAGUGAGGAUGGGAAGAAAGUGAAACGGCGGUAUCCUUUGACUGACUCAGACAUGGAGGAGCUGCAAUCACGAGUCGUCAUUGCAGAAAACCUACCAGAGGAUCAUUGCCACCAGAACCUUAUGAAACUUUUCUCUGCAGUUGGGAGUGUGAAGGCAAUUCGUACCUGUCAGCCUCAAGCUUCCAAUGGUGGAGCUUCUUCAGCACCCAGAUCAGGAAAGGCUGAUGGCAUGCAUUAUACUAACAAGUUGCAUGCUUUUGUGGAAUAUGAAUCCAUCGAUGUAGCCGAGAAAGCAGUUGAAGAACUAAAUGAGGAGGGGAACUGGAGAAGUGGCCUAAGGGUCCGUUUAAUGCAUAGACGCGGGUCAAAACCCUCUCAAGCACGGGGGAAGAAGGGACAUGAUGGAGAAGAGCCGUGGGAAGAAGAAGAUGCUUCUGUAUCUGAGCAACAACCAGAGAAACAACUUGAAGAGUCUUUUGAGCAAUCUGAUGCUCACUUCCAGGGGAAUAUGGGGGAGGAAAAUGCCACCGAUAGAGAGUUCGGGCAGAGGAAAGGGCGGGGCCGAGGCCGAGGAAGAGGACGUGGAAGAGGCCAAUACCAUCAAAAUAAUCGGGGAAAUCAUUUGGGGGCUCCUCCUUUGAACAAUGUCACCAGUAAUGAGACUGCAACCGUGGCGAAGCAGCCUCCGGGACCUCGCAUGCCAGAUGGAACAAGAGGAUUCGCUAUGGGUCGUGGGAAGCCAGUCUCAGUUAGUACCACAUGACCCUGUUGCGCGAUAGAAUUUUCAACUGCCACGGGGACUCAGGGAUCAGUAGUCACCGUCUUGUGUGUGGUGUUGAUGUCCAUGUGAGCUCACGCCAGGUUGGGUUUAAAAAAGGAUAUGUUCUACUACAAGCUUCUCUCAUAUUUUUGGAGACGAUGUACCAGUCCAGAACUUCUUUAUAUUCCUUUUCUCAGGCUUUUAUCAUGUAGAAAGGAAAAUACAAAAGUAAAAAAGAGCGAGAAGUGAAAAGAGAGAAAAACAGUCCAUGAACGUUACAUAGAAGUAUAAGGGUUUGCGGAAUGGCUUUUUCUAAGAUUAUUUUUUGUCUUCGCCUCUCCUUAUAUUUGUAACCGAUGAAUUAGGCUCUUA